GUUUACUUAAUUUCUAUCACUGUUUUUUACCCAACAAAGCCAAUGUUGCAGAACCUUUACAUCGCUUAUUGGACAAAAAUGUUAAAUGGCGGUGGGAGGAAAAACAUAAACUUGCUUUCAAUGCUUCAAAGAAGCUCCUUUCUUCCGAUAGUAUACUGGCUCAUUACAAUCCCUCCAGCCAUCUUAUACUAACUUGUGAUGCAUCUCCUUAUGGUAUUGGUUGUGUGCUUAGUCAGGUUCGAGGGGAAAAGGAAGUUCCAAUUGCGUUUUAUUCCAGGACAAUGAGUCAGUCAGAACGAAGAUAUGCUCAAGUAGAUAGGGAAGCACUUUCCAUCAUUGGAGGGGUUAAAAAAUUCCACAAUUACUUAUAUGGGAGGCAUUUUGAAAUUAGAACAGAUCAUAAGCCACUUCUGGGUCUUUUCACUGUGGAUAAACAAACACCAAACACACUGUCACCUCGAAUGAUUCGCUGGAGUAUCCUUUUAAAUGGAUAUGACUUUGAUCUUGUAUACAAACCGGGGAUUUCUAUUCCGAAUGCUGAUGGUUUGAGUCGUCUUCCAUGUUCCUCCAAUGUUGUUGAUCAAGAGAUAAAUGAAGUCUUGAAUGACGUGCUAUACAUUGAAUCCGAUGAGGUUAAACCAAUCACCGCUAAUAUAAUAGCAAAAGAAACAGAAAAGGAUCCACUUCUAUCUAAAGUACUAUUAUGGACUCAACGUGGAUGUUUACUUUGGGGAACUAGGGUGAUCAUUCCAUCCACUCUCAGGCAACAAGCUCUGAAGCUUCUACACAUGGGACAUGAGGGCAUUGUUCGAACAAAGGCGUUGGCUCAAAGCUAUUUCUGGUGGCCAAAACUUGAUCAAGACAUAGAAAACAUAGUGAAUUCUUGUCAAGCAUGUCAACAAAGUCGUCACAACCCUCCAAGAGCAACAGUUCUUCCCUGGGAGAAAACGAAACAACCCUGGUCUCGUCUCCACAUAGAUUUUGCUGGGCCCUUCCAAAACAAGUUGUUUUUGAUUGUUGUCGAUUCUUUCAGCAAAUGGUUAGAAGUAGUUUUGGUGCCUUCUACAGAUUCAAGAUCAACUAUAAAGGUCCUCAGAAGCCUUUUCGCAACACAUGGUGUUCCAGACACAAUAGUAUCUGAUAACGGGUCAGCUUUCACUUCACAAGAAUUUCGAUCGUUUAAUGAAAGCAAUGGCAUCCGCCACGUCGUGGUUGCACCAUACCAUCCGUCAUCGAAUGGUCAGGCAGAAAGGAUGGUCCAAACGACAAAAAAUUCUUUGCGACGAAUACUUCAAGGAGAUUGGCAAAAAAGAUUGGCUCAGUUCCUAAUAUCAUCUCAUAUAACGCCAAAUUGUUCUACUAAUAUGUCACCGAGUGAACUGCUGUUCGGAAGGCGUAUUAGAACCAUCUUAGACAGAGUUCACCCAGAUUAUUCUUCAAGUGACAAAGAAGAGAAAAUCUUGGAUAAAGCGCUUCACGAUUACCAACAGUCACCUCAGAGGAAAUUUAAAGAAAAUGACUCCGUAUUUGCAAGAAACUAUAAUCAGCGAGGACCAAAGUGGAUUCCUGCUAUAAAGUCACUAGAAUAA